AUGGUUCAAGCAAAGGGCGAAGAGCGCGCUGUAAACCUGGCCCGAGAGGCUGUCGAACUGGUCGACGCGGGCCACCGAGAGGCUGCUUCCCGAAAUCUUAGAGAAGCUCUUGCGAUCGCCCCCGAAAAUCCUCAAGUGAAAGCCGCCUUUCUGAAAGUUCAGCAUGAAGACAAAGACGGUCACCAACUUCUCGAUCUUUGCCGCCGAUAUACCUUACACAAUGAUGAAAGCGCGGGCAAAGAAGCUGCUACUUAUCUCCGGACUGACGGCCUGAAAUCCCCGGAAAACGUCGCUUUGGAAUGCCUGAAGUUGUUGCUCGCACAGCGCCCGCAAUCUCUGUCGACGACACAGGAUGAGAUCAUCUCUGGGCUGGUACGACAGAACGUCAGUGUUCGCCUGUACUUUUCUACACAGCUCCAGACCUCUGUCACAGCAUUCUUCGACGAGAUAUAUGAUCGGGGUGAUAGAGCAGCGGUGUGUCUUGAUACAGUAGUGUUGGAUCCCACCGUGUGGACAUCGGAGGAAACACGAUCCCACUGCGAGAGUGAACUCUUCCAGCUUUUCAUUGCCAAGUUGAUGGAAUCGGGCCAUGAUCUUGAUGGCCGCUCUUUAAAGGGAAUUACUCGGUUACUCGCUGUCCACGCCGUUGAACUAGAACAUUUGAUCGACGAUGAAGGCUUGGAGGUGAUCCUCUCAUCCCUGGACAAUCGGCUGCCGCUAGAAGUCCGAAGCCAGGCGACCCUGGCUACUGCAAAAUAUCUCGAUGUCGCCAAGGAAAGAGGCGAGAAGAAGCUUUUGACACUGAUCAUGUCCAUUCUUGGCAAGGGCCGUGUCAGCGAUCUCAUCGUUGCUUUCUCUGCGGUGGCCGCCAUCUUCCCUGUGGCUCCCUCUGCAGCUGCCAAUCUCUUCUUGUCGGACGAAUUCAUGAACUUCCUCCUCCCAAUCGCAUCGCGAGACACCAAAAGCAAGAAGGUAGAAGCUCUCGUGUUGGAACUUCUCAAUGCGGCUUGCAUUAAUCGUCCGUGCCGCGAGCCGCAGUGGCCCUGGCAAAGAUUCGGGCAUCCGAGCCCGAUAAACCCUCGGCUGGCAACGGUUGAACACAGCUCCCACGCAAUCGAAGGAUUGGCUUAUACCUCGGUGAAGCCGUCCGUCAAGGAUCAACUUGCCAAUGAUCCGGUUUUCCUACGUAACUUCAUUGCGGCUAUGAAACAAAACACCAAAGACUCAUCCGUGCUCUAUGGUGGCUUGACAGUCGUUUUGAAUCUCACCAAAUUCUUACCCAACCUAUCCGAAGAGCAAAAGAAGAUGGCACAGUUGAAGAACUACGCAGACCCUUCUACCGUGAAGGCACCAGCGAUAGAUAUUCGAGAUGAAGAGGAAGCUGUCCUGUCGCGAUGUUCCGCCGUUAUCGAUGCAGGCAUCAUGACUCUGCUCGUUGAGUGCGGCCGAGUCUCCUACCCUUCCACCAAUGAGCUCACGGCAAAGAUUCUACAGUCCUUGACAAGACCCCAAAAGUCCCGUGGAACAUUGGCCCAGCAAGGCGCGGUGAAGCUGUUACUCGCCCUUGCAGCCCCGAAGCAGAGUAGCUCUGGCCCUGUGAGGAACGAAACAACACGCAUCGCAUCACACGCGCUGGCCCGGAUCCUCAUCUCUGUUGAUCCUUCACAUGUAUUCCCAGCAUCUGGAUUUCCCCAGGUCACAUCCGCCGUCCGUCCCCUGCUCUCUCUCCUCUCUUCGCCCGAGACUGCCUCGUUCUCGGCCGACCAACCUCGUGAUCUACUCCCAGUAUUUGAGAGUCUCCUAGCUUUGACGAAUCUCGCUUCGUACCCGCAUGACGACUCCGCACCCGAACUCAUGGUACGGGAAGGCUGGUCUGCGGUGGAAGAUCUUCUUUUGUCUAGCAAUGCUCAAGUUCAGCGAGCUUCUUGCGAACUGGUCUGCAAUCUGAUGACUUGCGAGUCUGGCAUUAUCAAGUUUGCAGAUGGCUCCAAGCAAGCGGCCCAACGCCUUCACAUUCUGUUGGCUCUGACCGAUGCCGAUGACGCUCCGACGCGACGGGCUGCCGGCGGGGCUCUUGCGAUGUUGACGGAGUUCGAUGCCGCCAUAGCAGCUGUCCUGGAUCGACCCCGGGGAGUUGAACUGUUAUUGGGAUUGUGCCAGGAGGAUGACGAUGCCUUGGCUCACCGAGGUGUGGUCUGCAUACGCAACCUCACUUGCAUUGCGACAGGUGAUAUCGGAGCCCGGGCUAAAGCUGCCGUUCGCGCCGCAGGAGGAAUUGAUGUCCUCACUGCAUGUCUCAAGAAGACGAAGAACCAAGCGGUGCUACAGGCUGGGGUAGAGGCCUUGAAGCCGCUGAUUGAAUAG